AUGCCCAGAGGAAAGAAGAGUAAGGCCCGUGCUCGAGAGAAACGUCACCAGACCCAAGAUGAGGCCCACGGGCUAAAUGAUGCUCUAUCAAAGGCAUCAGAAAAAGGAGAGUCAAUUGCCUGCUCUGAUCAAGCUUCAGAAGAUGCUCAACCAAGCACUUUUACUGCUGGCUUCCCUCAGGGUAAGGCACUCUCCACCACUGCUAGUGAAAGCAUGGCCCAGAAAAUGUCUGAUAAAGGUGCAAAGGGCCAAGAAGAGCAAAAUGGGUCUUCUCUUAGGGCCCCACUCUUCAGUAGAAGCACAAAGAUGGAUCUUCUAUCAAGGAAGACAGGAAUGCUAGUGGAGUACAUGCUUUGCAAAUACAAAGUGCAGCAGCCCAUGAAGAGGGGAGAGAUGCUCAAAGUUAUCAACAAAAGGUUCAAGGAACACUUCCCUGAGAUCCUCAAGAAAGCCUCCUAUCGUCUGGAUAUGGUCUUUGGCAUUGAGCUGAAAGAAGUCCAGCCCAAUGGUCAGUCCUACAUGCUUGUGAGCAAGCUAGAUUUCAAAGAUGAUGGAAGUACAAGCAAUGAGCUGGGUGUUCCCAACAGGGGCAUUCUGAUCCCUCUCCUAAGUGUGAUCUACCUAAAUGGCUACUGUGCCCCGGAGGAGGAGGUCUGGCAUUUCCUGAACAUGCUAGGAGUCUAUGAUGGGGUCCCACAUCUCAUCUUUGGAGAUGUCAGGAAGCUCAUCACUGAAGAUCUGGUACAGGAAAAGUACCUGGUAUACCGUCAGGUUCCUAACAGUGAUCUUCCAUCCUAUCAGUUCCUGUGGGGCCCAAGAGCCUAUGCUGAAACCAGCAAGAUGAAAGUGAUGGACUUUUUAGCCAAGAUCAGUGAAACCACUCGUGAGGAUUACUCAUCUCGUUAUGAGCAGGCUUUGAUUGAAGAGGAAGAGAAAGCCCAAGCUGCCGCUGCAGCCAAGUCUGGCACUAAAAGCAAGGCCAAGGGACGUACUAAGACCAAGUUAAGUCGUCCUACUCACAAGUGA